AUGGGAGUCGCCAGCAAGCUCAUUACCUCCUUCGCUGACCAGGGCCUGGAGCUCCGCGAGUACUACGCGGCGGCUUGCGGCCACUGCCAGGCGCUGUCUCCUGCCUGGAAGUCGGCUCAGAAGGCGUACGCCGGCCCGGUGGUCUUCCGUCAGAUCGAGUGCAACGACAAAAAUUGGAAUCCGGUGCCAGAGAAUGCGGAGCUUUGCAAGGACGUGAGGGCCUUCCCAACCAUCAAGAUGUUCAAGGAUGGCAAGGAGGUGUCAGACUACGAGGGCAAUCGCAGCUCUGCCUCCCUGGUAGACUUUGCCAAGCAGCACGAGAAGCUCCUGACGCAGUCCAUGCCCAUGUCGCUGGCCCUGCUGCCGCCGCCAGAACGCCGGCGCGCUGCGGAUUUCCUCUGA